AUUGCGGUGGCAGCUGAGGUAGCGACGCUGGUGUCUCAAAGUUUAGUUGUGAUUUAAUUCGUCUCGAUUCUUCAGUUAUUUAACACUUGUAAAGUGUGGUUGAUAUAGACUGCCGACGACAUGAGCGACGAAGACUCGUCAUCCUCUUUGGAAGUGUCUUUGAAGAGAGAUAAUCUCAGAUACGCCAGCGGAGGAGACGCGGUCUUUGCAGUGAAACCUUACAGAUUUGGAGCUGAUGGUGAACUGUCUGACACUGAAUGUUGGUCAGAAAUGAAAGUGGUGGCACCAGCGAUCAAACCUCCUACAUGUGGCCUUAGCUACAGUGAACUAAAACAUUACAACAAAACAUUAAGUGAUCUCUUCAGGAUCGUCCGGCAUAAUUCUGAUCGACUGGAAAAGAUUAAUAAUUGCAUUCAUACUUCAGUUCAUACACCAAACGAUGAACUUAGUGAAGCAGAGACCAGUCCUGAAGUAGAGCAAGAUAUGAGCACUCAGCUGGGUACAGAAACAGAGGUGGUCAAAGUGUCUGGUAAGAGAGGUCAUUUGAAAUCUGAAUUCCGAAUUAUGGGAGAGCAAGGUUCUGCCCAGCAAGAGUUGAAACGGGUCUAUGAGGAAAUGUCUGCUAUACGGAACAAGCUUCAGCUGGAAAGUGCUGCCCAACAAGAGUUUUCCCUGCAGCUGCAUGAACGGGAACAGAAGCUGUUGCUUCGAGAAUCUUUGGUUCUUAAACAUGAACAGGCUUUGAGCAAAAUUAAAGGAGUUGAGGAAGAAGUCCGCACCCGUAUCCGAAUUAUGAAAGAGCAAUAUGAUCAUGAUGUCCAGCAACUAACUCAAGCACUGAAAGGCCAAGUUAAAGAAAAUAAGCGACUUAAAUCAUCUUUUGACACAAUCAAAGAAGUCAAUGACUCAAUGAAAAAGCAGUUGCAUGAAUUGAAUGAACAAAACAAAAAGCUGGAAUCACAGGCUAAGAAAGUACAGGCUCGGCUGGACAACCUACAGAGAAAAUAUGAGUUUUCAAUGGCACAAAAAAUUCGUGACAGCAUUCCAACAGCAGUUCAAGAGUUAAAGCAACCAAAGCAAGAAAAGCCUCAAGCCUCCCAUAAAACAUCCAAAAUUUCAGCAAAUUCAAACAUCUAUGAGCUUUUGGCCAUCCUUAUGGACUGGAUAUCAGACAGUCACCUUUGUAAUCUAAAACUUGAAGAUGAAAGUGACAACAAAGAGAUACUUGCCCUGAACACUUCACCAAAUAACUGCAUGGAAGAAAAAUGUACAAAGCUUUUACCAAUAUUGGCAGAACAACUUCAGCAAAUGGCAGGUGUACACAUCAGGCUUCAGAUUCCUCUGGUUAAAUUCAUCUAUUGGUCUCUAAGGCAAUUAGACAGCAAAUCAAGGCUUACUGCCUUGGUUUCAACAACAAGAAGACUGGGCGAAGAAGUCUACAAAGGAACUAUGUCACCAGCUGUACUGGAUGAAGCACCUGAGCAGACUGCCAACUUCAAGACUAAACCUGCUGUAUACUUUAAGAGCCCUAUCCUCCACAUGAGAUUUUUAUCCACACUAAUUGUCCUUAAAACAGUUUCUCAAGCGGACUACCUGGCCCAGGCUUUUGACACUUUGCUAAGAGAUCUGAAGAAUAAUGAAGGAAAGUCAUUAUUUCUAGAGUACCAAGCACUGAAUGUUGUUCUUAAACAUGCUGGCUCAUCAUGUAAGCGCCUCCCAGUUUCCGCUAUGGAUGUGAUACUGCAGAUGACUACAGAAUCAAGUGGCUUCCUGUGUCAUAAACGGUUACUGAAUCAAUUUCUGGAAGCCUGCAGCAAUGAGCAUUUCUUCCGAGUUAUGUCCCUGCUGCUCCGUAAUCCCAAAUUAGAAGUGGAACUCCUGGAAAAAGCCAGCAUUAUUCUGCAAAAGCUUUCAAAAAUGAAGAAGAACAAGAGACUGUUUGAAAUGUUCACACUCCACCUGAUUAUCCAGGAGAUGCACAGGACCACUGAUCGUGAUCAUGCCUUUUUAUCAAUAAAUUUAACUUCAAUUCUUUUCAACCUGGGGAUGAUUAAACAGACAAGUCUUGAAGAUGAUGAUCUGUAACUGCAGGGCCCAAUUGUGGUUCACAUUUUAAAUGUUUUACUUUUACGUCCGGCCUAUUAAAAUAUUAUUUCAUAUAAUGUAGCAUUUACGUUAUGGCAGCUAAUUGCAUGAUAGUAAAUGAUUAUUAUUUGUUAAUGUAAUGCAUAAUAAAAUCCAAUGGGACAAUUUUUCUUA